AUGUUCCACAAUCUCGUCUCGUGGGCGAUGAGCGAACGCGGCAUCUCCAUUUUACGCAGAACCGGUCUAGCCAUCCAAGCCGUCUGUGUCGUCAAUGCAUUUUGGGCCUACUACAGUGCAGAUAAAGAACUUGAACAGGCUCAGAAGGAGGCCAACGACACCAAGAAAGGUCUUGAACGCCUUCUUAUCGCGACGACCUUCCUUCUGAAACUUGAGAAAGCCCUACGUCGCCGCCAGGAAAAGGUUCUGAAGAAGGCGUUGCAGAACACGGGUGUUUUAUCGGAGACGGUGGUCGAAGAUGCGAUUGACAAGCUGUUUACGGAGGUUCUUCCUACUGCGGAUAUCAAGGAGUUUCCUGAUCUGUUUCACGAGAUUUUUGAGGGAGAAGAGGAGGAUUCGAAUUUGUGCCCUUGA